UCUUGCGUGUUUUCAUGGAAUUGGUGAUAUAUUGUGCAGAAGCAGGAAUACGGCUUGCAUGAAGGCAUAGCAUACGCUUCCGAGUCAAACAAACAUGAACGAAGUGAGCAUAUCGUCCGCUCGUGCGUCGGUAAUGGUGUACGAUGACGUUAAUAAGAAAUGGGUACCGAGUGGCAGUUCCUCGGGGCUCUCCAAAGUUCAGUUGUACCAUCAUCAGGUGCACAAUACCUUUCGCGUGGUCGGCCGAAAGUUACAGGAUCACGAGAUCGUCAUCAAUUGCGCGAUUCUCAAGGGAUUGAAGUAUAAUCAAGCAACGGUCACGUUUCAUCAAUGGAGAGACAACAAGCAAGUGUACGGCCUGAAUUUUUCCAGCAAAGACGAUGCCGAUGCGUUCGCCAGGGCGAUGCUGCAAGCGCUCGAUGUGCUCAGUAAUGGAAGCAACAUAUCGAGAACCCUUGCACCGUCGGUCGGAUCGACUACUCAGCAGCAACCUGUCUUUCAGCAACAGCAACAGGGCAACGCCCAAUACGAUGAAGAUAUGGGAUACAGGACCAUGACUAGAGAAGAUGUAGCGAUCAUCCAGGAACGCAGAAUGUCUCAACAAAGUCAGGCAACCGGCAGUCCAAAUGCAAUUUCUCCGAGUUGUCCUUUGGCCAGUCAGCAACAGCAGCAACAACCGACAUCGCAGCAACAACAACAGCCACCUCAACAAACUGUCCAACAGUCGCAACCGCCGCCACAGCAGCAACAGCCACCAGCACCACCUCUGCCUCAACAACAGCAACUGCAAGCACAACAAUCGCAGCAGCAACCGUUGCAGCAGCAGCAGUCCGGUCAUCAUAGAACUUCGUCGGCGCCGCCUGCACCGCAGCCUCAACAGUCUGUGAUGCAGCCGAUGCAGCCGCUCGGAGCUAUAGGAACUGGAUCGGGACAACUGGCCGGCGUUGGUGCUCCUCCGGCUCCACCUCCUCAACCUCCAAUGCCAGCCACGAUUCCGCCAUGUCCGCCGGCAAUGAUGAACUUCAACACACCGGUACCACCGCCUCCGAUGAUGAUGAACCAGUACGCACAGUCACCGUCGGCUCAAACGAAUCUGCCCAAUCAGUCUCAAGCCCAGUCUAUUUACAGUAGCGCCCAGGGAGGAAGUCAGUACGGCACCCCGGCGAACAGUAAUCAGUACGCGACGGGUACCGUUGUCGGGCAAAGUCCAUGUCAGUAUUCUUCCGGAAAUCAAAAUAAUUUUUACGGUAAUAACGGUCAAAUAGGGAACGCGUAUUCGAGCGGACAACCGGGACAAACGAAUCAGUACAGCGGUGGUAGCGGAGGCGCCGGUGGUACCGGUGGAAACCAAUACGCGAGCGGGAAUUCGAUCGGUCAGUACGCUACUAGUGGAGCAGCAACAACCGGACAGUACGUGGUCGGAGUCGGUGUUGGAGCCGGCGUAAACGUCGGUCAACCGAAUCAGUCUCAGUACAGUGUUGUGUCUCAGGCACAGGCACAGUACGGCACCAGUCAAGUACAAGCAGCGUCGAACGCCACGAAUCCGUAUGGGACGCCUUCGAAUUCGGUGAAUCAGUACAACAGUGGGAACACUGGUGCAGGAGGUGGCGGAGGCUCGAACGUUUAUGGUUCGGUUGGGAGCGGUGGUCCUCAACCGCCACCAAUGGUACCGUUGACCGGUCCUGCCGCGCCUCCCCCACCUCCACCACCACCCGCGCCAAACGCAAACGCAAUGAACCUUAAUCCUCCGAUGGGUGGACCCGGUUCUACCAGCUCAAUGAGUUCCAACAACAGCAACACAGAUCCACCACCGGAUGCUAACUCGCUGGCAGCAGCUCUUCAAGCGGCUCGUUUAAAGAAGAAACAGUCGGCACAACAGUCGGUGGAGAACAGUGGCUCGAGUAAUAACAGUAGCAGCAGUGGCAGCGCUGGAGGCAGUGGAAAUUACGGCACGUUGGGAAGAGGCGGCGGUGGCGGUAUGGCUUCCAUGAUGGACGAAAUGGCGAAGACUCUGGCGCGAAGACGAGCCGCCGUCGAGAAAAAACAACCCGAACAGCCGCAGGAAUCUGAAAGCUCGCCCGACAAGAAGUCCUGGGACAAGAACAAUUCGUCGAACAAUAAAUUCGCGAACGGGGCCGAAUCGCCGAAAUCGGUCCGCAAGAGGUUCGGUUCCGCUUCCGAGGACACUCUGCUGAAAGUGAACGGCGUGAACGACGGGACCGUGCUGACCGUUCAGGAAAUGGAAGCGUUCAAAGCGGAGAUCAUCAAGGAAGUGCGUAAAGAGUUUCAAAAGAUGAAACAGGAGCUCGUGGACGCGGUGAGACAGGAGCUGAGCAGAAGAUAAAGACGCGACGCGGGCCAGAUUCGAACGUAACAAAAAGAGGAGUAAACGGAAGUAAUUGAAUCGCGUAGGUCAUGACAACCGAAACGAUUGUCGUCGUCACCCGCACACAGGUUUUUUUACUACGUAUUCGCGAGAGUAAAGUGGACUUAUACGCCCC